UUCCACAUUCAUUCUGCGAUCCGUCAUCAAACAAUCCAAAGUGAAUUCGCGAUUAUUAAUUUGAAGUUUUCACGAGUUUUCAUCAUUUCGUAAUCAUUUUCGUAGAGUAAUUUCAUUUGAAUAUUAACCCUCUGUCUGUAGUGAACUGAAAAAUAUGAUGUGAUUUAAAAUUCAAUUCAAUAGUUUAAUUUUCAACAACCACGAUUCGCUUUUGUAAUAUCUCUUUUUAAAUAGCAUUUGUAAUAUUUUGUUCAAUCAUAUCAUGGAGGGAUUUAAUAACGCUCUGGAAAAUACAUUGAAUUGGUUAUCAAGAAACAGUGGAAAUAUUUCUGAUUCUCAAAGAAGAGAAAUUCAUAAUUUGUUGGAUUCAUUCAAACGUCAAUUACAAACUCAAACAGAACCAAGAAGUGGAAAUCAUCAAGCGCCUCAAUUUUCUGGAAUGGCAAGUUCAGGUGAUCGAUACGAGAAGAAAUACCAAAAUAAGCCUAAUAAACCUCAUUUUAAAACCGCUUCGUUUGAUUCGAAAAUAAAUCAAGUCAGCGACAAAAUUAGUAAAGAAACUGGUUACAUUCAUGGUAAAAUUGAUACCAUUUCGAAGGAAUACAGCGACCAAAUGAAAAUGUUGAGAAAACAGAUUACAAAGUUGGAAUCCGAAAAAACCCGUAAAGAGCAAGAAGAAAAAAAGAUCAUCGAUCGGGAUUUCGAACAACUGACGGAAAGUUUAAAGGGUUUGAUGCGCACAGCUGUUGCGCAACCACGUCCUGGUCCUUCGAAUUUCAAUCCUCCACAACCGCAACAUUUCCCUCAUUACGAUGGUCCUCCGCCACCCUACCAACCUUAUCCGCCGAUGGCUUCCAAUCCAAACAUACCUUACUUUCCUUCACCUUCCCAAGGAUUCCAUCCGAUGCCUGUACCAGUUGGACCUGUACCCCUGAUGGGUUCAUCGUUUUCGUACAAUCAACCUGGACCACCCAACAUGCCUUCAUAUGACACGGCUCAAAAAGUUUAUCAGUUCAGCGGAAAACCCGGUUCAGAAUCGGGUAAACAUUUCACCAGAGGUAGUGGUCAUUCGAAUCCUCGUUUUGAUAAACCUUUUCAGCGUGAAAGUGAUUGUAAACCCGAUUCCAACCCGAGGAAAAGUUACUGCUCCCCUCACUGGAAAAAAUUCGAUAAUAAUAACAAAGAGCACGGAUUCAAAAACGAGUCCUCAAACGCAGCCGGUGGAAAACCUCGUUUUAAGAUGCCGGCGCCGGGUGAACAAUCAGGCGGUGAUUUCAACAGCAACCCAAAAUCCGCACACCCGAACCAAUUCAAACAUUACGCUGAUCGAGAUCGAAAUAAACGUCAGCAACAAUUUGGCAAAAAUCGUCCACAAAAUUGUGAUGACGGAGAUGACAGCGAUACUUCUACACACUCUCACGUAUCUGCCAAAAACAGUGGCAAGGAAGGUACCUCUACCUACCCGCAUACUGCUGGAAAACCAUGUCAAUCUAAACCAGCUCCGAAAAAAAAUCCUCCAACAUCAACUGGAAAAAGUGAUUCUUCAAACUUGCAAACUUCUCAGGCAAAACCGGUAGACGUUGUCAGUGAUAACGCUUCUGCGACUUCCCAUGUACCUUCGAAAAAAAAAACUCAGAAGAAACCACCUAAUAAAGCUGCACAUCAACAUGAUGGUAAAACCUCUCUGAACCAAAAUCCUCAAUCAUCGUCUAGCAAAAAUCAAAAUCAAAAUCGUGAUGACGGAGAUGACAGCGAUACUUCUACACACUCUCACGUAUCUACCAAAAACAGUGAGAAAGAAGGUACCUCUACCCACCCGCAUACUGCUGGAAAACCACGUAAAUCUAAACCCGCUCCGAAAAAAAAUCCUCCCGCAUCAGCUGGGGAAAGUGAUUCUUCAAACUUGCAAACUCCUCAGGCAAAUCGUGAUGACGGAGAUGACAGCGAUACUUCUACACACUCUCACGUAUCUACCAAAAACAGUGAGAAAGAAGGUACCUCUACCCACCCGCAUACUGCUGGAAAACCACGUAAAUCUAAACCCGCUCCGAAAAAAAAUCCUCCCGCAUCAGCUGGGGAAAGUGAUUCUUCAAACUUGCAAACUCCUCAGGCAAAUCGUGAUGACGGAGAUGACAGCGAUACUUCUACACACUCUCACGUAUCUACCAAAAACAGUGAGAAGGAAGGUACCUCUACCCACCCGCAUACUGCUGGAAAACCACGUAAAGCUAAACCUGCUCGGAAAAAAAAUCCUCCAGCAUCAACUGGGGAAAGUGAUUCUUCAAACUUGCAAACUCCUCAGGCAAAACCUGUAGACGACGUUGUCAGUGAUAACGCUUCUGAGACUUCUCAUGUACCUUCGCAAAAAAAAACUCAAAAGAAACCACCUAAUAAAGCUGCACAUCAACAUGAUGGUAAAACCUCUCUGAACCAGAACCCUCAAUCAUCGUCUAGCGAAAAUCAAAAUCAAUCCAUGGACAUGCAUAAGUUGCAGUAUCCGCCUAGAGCAGAAGCGUUGAAAAUGGGUAUCGAUAUUUUCAAACCUUUGGAUCCACCGAGUACGUGCCUUGCAAAGGAAAACGGUGUUCCAGUCAGUAGACUUGCUCAUUGCCUUGAAGAUAUUUACAAUUUUGAAAUGGAAUUCGGUACCAUUCAAGUUAUUCGAUUUUGAGUAUCAUAUUUUUAUACCUAAUUUGGAUUUAGAUUCAUUCUUGAUUGUUCGAAGUAAUAGUACAUUACAUUACACACUUUAUUAAUCGCGUAGUGUAAGGUGCUUUACAUAAUAAACACUCGUAACCUCACCCCUCACCAUUUUACACUUCUGUUGUUUAGAUGCAAAAAAUGUGCGUCUAUGAGUGACCAAACUUCACCGGUAUUUGUUAAAUUAUUAUGUCCAAACGUAACACGUACGUAAUGGCGAGUUUCGCGGCGUUGCCACAUAACACUAGGGAUAUAAUACGCUCAUUAUGUACGUGUUUGACCCGACAUUAGGUCGCUCAUAAUGACGUACAUUUUGCAUCUAGCGACAGAGGUGUAAUGAUGAGAUUACGAUUGUGUAUUACGUAAAAAUUAUUACCUAUUUAAAUCUUUGUAGUUUGUAAGCUAAAAUUUGUUUAUAAUUAUAAAACUCGAUGGUGCAUCGGAAA